GCUGUGAAACAGGCCAGAUUGUCACCAGCAGCAUGAAGAUAACAGGGGUUCUCUUGCUCCUCACUCUGGCAGCUUUCUGCUUAUCAAGUGCUACCUGUGAAACUGGGAAAGAGGUUGACUGCAGUGAGUAUCAGCCUCGUGGGAGAAGCAAACCCAUCUACUGCGUAAGAGUCUAUGACCCCUUUUGUGGCUCUGAUGGCAAAACCUAUAACAACAAGUGUUCCUUCUGUAAAGCAGUCUUGCAAAGUGAAGGAAAGCUUCGUCAGAAACAAGCUGGUGCUUGUUGAAUGAAUCUGCAAUACCACUGAGUGCUGAACUCCCCAUUAUGCUAUUACACUGGCUAAGAUCACUGGAUCACAUCAUAGCAUUUUUGCUAUUAUUUUCAUCUGUCCUUUGUCAGCAUUAGUGCAAAGGGUGGAAACUAGUUGAAGACCCUCCUCUCUUUAUCAUUAGCUGCUACUUCCAGCUGUUCUGUUAUUUUCAGAUCAACUGCUCUGGCCUCUGUGCUAAAGAAUCUUCUUAAGGUUUCUCAUGGGACCUUCAUUUCCUCACACUCGUUGUUUCCCAGUUGAUGGCUUUAUAAGGAAGUCUGUGGGUUGGCUUCUGGAGUACAAAUCUCUCCAGCACUUCCUUUGGUUUGUGGUAGAGCCAGGCUGCCAACUGGUGAUUUCUUACAUUUCCUUGUGAUUAAGUCUUUCCAUCUAAUACCCAGAAUCUCUGGGAGGCACAUGGCUUGAAAGCAGCUAAUUUCCUGCCUAGUUUUGGUUGCUCUUCAGCUCUCACAGCUCCAUAUUAACUCCAAGACAGAGAAUUCUACAGAACAAAAGGUCUAAUAUCAGUACUAUGUACUAACUGAUCCUGUUUAUUAUAAACUGUAAUGCCCCCUACUAACAUUUUGUUUUCCAUACAUUUUUGCUAAGAGAAAAUGAUGCAAACAAAAAAUAAUGGACAAAACAUGAGCAUGGAGGCGCUGCCUGUACAUGAGCAUGCUCUGAUGU